AUUUAGACGGACCCAACCAUAACGACAAAUACGAAACAAUAUAUGACGAAGUAGCUUUUAACAACACGUUUAUUUAGAAGUGGUGAUCUGUGCAAAUAUUAAAAGGUUUUCCAGUGCAUUAAAGAGAGCAUGGAAUCCAAUUUCUGUGACAAUCAAGGGAUAUCAGCAUCAAGUGACGGUGAAGUUACAGACAUGUUGACGUCUAAUGACAUCUUUAAUCGCAUCGAUAAGGAGCUGUUCUGGUGUGACACCUGUGGACGUUGUAUGCGGGACCUGAUUAGUUUGAGACAGCAUGUUGCAGAGCACAUUGUUGAUGUCAUUGCAGACAAAAAUGACACUUAUGCCAGCCAAACCUUACAUGCAGGCCUUUUUAGUUAUCAAGAAGGUGUAACAGAUGAAAAUGUGAAGGAAAAAUUAGAAGACACUACGCUAGGGGCUCCUGACUGUCAAGAAGAUGCUGAAGUCCGUUACAGUUGCUCAGUAUGUGGGACCGAGUUCUCAGUGUUGCAGGAGUUCAGAAAUCACCAAAAUGUACAUGAUCAAACUUGCAUCACAACUCAAAAUGAAAACGGGCUUAAAGUCAACAAGGGGUUAAUUUCUUCAAGGUGUGACCUCACAAAUCAUCACACAGGAGAGCGGCCACACAGGUGCAGUGUUUGUCGAAAGGGAUUUGUCAGCAGUUUACAACUCACACGGCAUAUGAGGAUUCACACAGGAGAGAGGCCACACAGUUGCAGUGUUUGUGGAAAGGGAUUUGUCACCAGUUCCAACCUCACUCAGCAUAUGGGUAUUCUCACAGGAGGCAGGCCACACAGGUGCAAUGUUUGUGGAAAGGGAUUUGCCAGGGUCUCUCACCUCACAAAUCAUAUGAGGAUUCACACAGGAGAGCGGCCACACAGUUGCAGUGUUUGUGGAAAGGAAUUUGUCACCAGUUCACAACUCACACGGCAUAUCGGGUUUCACACAGGAGAGUGGCCACACAGUUGCAGUGUUUGUGGAAAGGGAUUUGCCGCCAGUUUACACCUCAUACGGCAUAUGAGGAUUCACACAGGAGAGCGGCCACACAGGUGCAGUGUUUGUGGAAAGGGAUUUGUCACCAGUUCCAACCUUACUCAGCAUAUGAGUAUUCACACAGGAGAGCGACCACACAGUUGCAGUGUUUGUGGAAAGGGAUUUGCCAGCAGUUCACACCUCACAAAUCAUAUGAGGAUUCACACAGGAGAGCGGCCACACAGUUGCAGUGUUUGUGGAAAGGGAUUUGCCAGGGGCUGGAACCUCACAAUUCAUAUGAGGAUUCACACAGGAGAGCAGCCAUACAGUUGCAAUGUUUGUGGAAAGGGAUUUGCCACCAGUUCACAACUCACACGGCAUAUGAGGAUUCACACAGGAGAGCGGCCACACAGUUGCAGUGUUUGUGGAAAGGAAUUUGUCACCAGUUCACAACUCACACGGCAUAUCGGGUUUCACACAGGAGAGUGGCCACACAGUUGCAGUGUUUGUGGAAAGGGAUUUGCCGCCAGUUUACACCUCACACGGCAUAUGAGGAUUCACACAGGAGAGCGGCCACACAGGUGCAGUGUUUGUGGAAAGGGAUUUGUCACCAGUUCCAACCUUACUCAGCAUAUGAGUAUUCACACAGGAGAGCGACCACACAGUUGCAGUGUUUGUGGAAAGGGAUUUGCCGCCAGUUCACACCUCACACGGCAUAUGAGGAUUCACACAGGAGAGCGGCCACACAGGUGCAGUGUUUGUGGAAAGGGAUUUGCCAGGGUCUCUCACCUCACAAAUCAUAUGAGGAUUCACACAGGAGAGCAGCCAUACAGUUGCAAUGUUUGUGGAAAGGGAUUUGCCACCAGUUCACAACUCACACGGCAUAUGAGGAUUCACACAGGAGAGAGGCCACACAGUUGCAGUGUUUGUGGAAAGGGAUUUGUCACCAGUUCCAACCUCACUCAGCAUAUGAGGAUUCACACAGGAGAGCGGCCGCACAGUUGAAGUGUGUGCGGAAAGGGAUUUGUCACCAGUUCACACCUCACAUAUCAUAUGAGUAUUCACACACGAGAGCAGCCUCACAGUUUCAGUGUUUUUGGAAUAGGAUUUGCCAGGGACUCAGACCUCACAAAUCAUAUGAGUAUUCACACAGAAGAGCGGCCACACAGUUGCAGUGUUUGUGAAAAGGGAUUUGCCAGGGACUCGGACCUCACACGGCAUAUGCGGAUUCACACGAGAGAGCUGCCACACAUUUGCAGUGUUUAUGGAAAGGGAUUUGCCGGAGGCUCGGACAUCACACGGCAUAUGAGGAUUCACACAUGAGAGCGUCCACACCGUUGCAGUGUUUGGUGGAAAGGGAUUUGCCAGGGGCUCGGACCUCACAAAUCAUAUGAGGAUUCACGCAGUUACAGUGUUUGUGGAAAGGGAUUUGCCACCAGCUCUGACCUUAAAAAGCAUACGAGAAUUUACACGUAAGAGUGGUAACACAGUUUAUGCGUUUGUGGAAAGAACUGUGUUGUGUGGAUUCACAAUGGAGAUCGGCCAACAAUUGCAGCGUGUGUGGAAAGAAUUGGUCACCAGAUCUCAACUCAAGAUACAUCUAAUGUUUCAUAUUGGUGAGCGGCUGCACAGGUGAUGCGUAUGGGACAAAAGUUGUUCAACUACAUCCUUCCUUGAAGCUCACAAGGUGCCGUACCAUGGAAAAAAACUUUCAAAUAUACCAUAAUAUUAUGCUGGCCAAAAUUCCGCCGAAACGGAUAUCUUUAUCUUAGAUAGAUAUAUAAUGGAGUCACAAUAACGAGUGUAGAUAUGAGAGCUUGUCUGCAAUUAUUUAUUUGUGACGUCCUUUUUAUCGAACACUUAUAAAAAACGCUUUCAUUAAUGGUGAACAGAAGAAGUAACGUGAGCUUUGUACUGUUUAAAACUGUUUAAUAACAAAAAGAUUCAAGUACAGGGAUUUGCAUUUAUUUUCGUAUUAAGAUUCUACCAUUUGUCGAUUACAGGUAUGUUGUAUUAUUAUUUGUACAACCAUAAACUACUCCGGAUUGUGAGAUGAACCUGCUCUAGAUAUAGACAAAUAUAAAUAUUGAGUUGACUUUUGGAUUCUUUAACAAACCUGAAUUGAAAUGCUAUUCUAAUUUCAAGCCAGGCUCUCCUGGACGAACGUACGAUCUGGAGUCUAUUUGCAAUGAAACUUAAUAAAAAGUCUUCAAUUAUUAA